ACUUGCGUUGAAGCUCUUUUAAGAAACUUCUGGCAAGGUGGAUGGUUGAACUCUUUAUUCUGGUUACAAAAAUAUUGAUUUUCAAAUAUAAUUACUGUAUUAAGACAUGUCAUGUAUCCAUACUAAUUUAUUAUAACAGAAGAUGUCCGAUGACAAAUCUUCUUUAAUAUUUUAAAUCACUAUCCAGGGUCAAGCAAGGCAGACAAAGAGUUAACAAACAUGAGAUCCAAACAGGCAGUAUGAUAAAGAAGCAGAAACUCCUCCCUCUUACAGCACUUACCAGGAAGUGACUGUCAGGAAGUGAAAGUAAAGUUUAGAUCACUGGAGCUCAAAGAGAGAAAAUGGAUUCACUGUCUGCAGAUGAUUUUUCUUGUCCCGUGUGUAUUGAAAUCUUCAAGGAUCCUGUUGUUUUAUCAUGUAGUCACAGUGUCUGUAAAGAGUGUCUCCAACAGUUCUGGAGAACUAAAGAAACCCAGGAGUGUCCUGUCUGCAGGAGAAGAUCCUCAAGAGAUGAUCCUCCAUGUAAUCGUGUUUUAAAAAACUUGUGUGAGACGCUCCUGAAGGAGAAGAAAGAGAAGUGUUCAUCAGAGUCUGAGGAGCUCUGCAGUUUACACAGUGAGAAACUCAAACUCUUCUGUCUGGAGGACAAACAGCCGGUGUGUUUAGUGUGCUUUACUUCACAACAACAUGACAAUCAUAAAGUCAGACCCAUCAAUGAAGUUGUGUCAUCAUAUAAGGAGGAGCUCAAUACAGCACAGAAGUCUUUACAAGAGAAACUUGAACAUGGAGAAACAAUGAAAGGACAGUUUGAAGAAACAGUUCAACACAUCAAGUCUCAAGCUGAUCACACAGAGCGUCAGAUUAAACAGCAGUUUGAGACGCUUCAUCAGUUUCUCAGAGAUGAAGAAGAAGCUACAAUCACUGCACUGAGAGAGGAAGAGGAGCAGAAGAAGCAGCUGAUGAAGGAGAAGCUGGAGGAGAUCAACUCACACAUCUCAGCUCUUUCACACACAAUCAAAGACAUGGAGGAGAUGAUGAAAGACAGUGACGUCUGCUUUCUGAAGAAGUUUCCAGUCUCGAUGGAAAGAGUCCAGAUCUCAUCACAGCCGGAUCCACAGACUCCUUCUGGAGCUCUGAUUCAUGUGCCACGAUACUUGGGAAACCUGCUCUUCAGAGUCUGGAAGAAGAUGCAGGACAUCGUCCAGAACAGUGAGUCUGGAGAAGAUCUGUCUGUCCAGGACCCACUGAAUGAUCUCCUUCCCAAUGAUGAGGAGGAGCACAUUCAAACAAUGAAAGGAAUGCAGCACCAAGACCAAGCUGGUCAGCAGGGCAGCAAUGAGAUCAGCACCCACCUCAGAAUCCUUCAUAACCUGGUGAAAGAGUACGCAGCUCAGGGCCGGUACGAGGUGGCGGUGCCGCUCUGCAGAAAGGCUCUGGAGGACCUGGAGAAAGCCUAUGGACAUGAUCAUCCCAACGUGGCCACCAUGCUCAACAUCCUGGCACUCAUGUACAGAGAUCAGCGAAAAUAUAAAGUAGCUAAUCGCUUGCUGAUUGAUGCUCUCUCCAUCAGAGAAAAGACACUUGGGAAAGACCAUCCUGCUGUGGAAGCUACUCUCAAUAAUCUGGCUGUGCUGCACAGGAAACGAGGCCAAUAUAAGGAGGCUGAGCUAUUGUGUAGACGAGCACUAGAGAUCCGAGAGAAGUUGUUGGGGAAAGAUCAUCCCGAUGUGGUGAAGCAGUUGAAUAAUUUGGCCCUGGACUGUCAGAAUCAGGGCAAGUAUGAGGAGGUGGAGUGUUAUUACCGCAGAGCUCUGAAGAUUGAUGAAUGCAAACUAGGCCCAGAAGACCCCAGUGUGGCCAAAACCAAGAAAAACCUGGCAUCCUGCCUUCUCAAACAAGGCAGAUAUAAAGAAGCUGAGAUUCUGACCAGUUCUCAUGAGAAGGAGUUUGGAUUGGUGGACGCUGAAAACAAACCCAUCUGGAUGCACGCUGAGGAAAGAGAGGAGGUGAGCAAGGGGGAACUCAGUGACAACACACUGUAUGAAAAACAAGGCUGCGGCUACAAAGCCAGUAAAGUCGACAGUCCAAUCAUAAAUGUGACACUGAGGAAUCUAGCAGCUCUGUACCGCAGACAGGGUAAGAUAAUGGCAGCAGAAAUGCUGGAGGAAUGUGCCACAAGAUCCCACAAACAGGAUGGCAGUGGAGAAUUGAAUCGCAGCGACUCAGUUGGACGGCUCAGAACUGUGUUGAGCAAGCGCAGUAAAAUGCUGGUGAAGAGACUACAGGACGGCAAACCCCCACAGAUGCACAAACCCGAGUUCAAGCAAAUACAACAAGAACACACAAAGUAAUACACAGUGUAGAACAUUGUGGCCAAAACUUAACCCUUAUAAUUGUUACAGCAAAUCCUGAUCUGAUCUGAUCUAAUGGGACAGAAUCUACCUGAGGCUUCCUGUAAAACACCCUAAGCAACUGACAAAAUGUAAUCUCGCUGCUGGUUAGGACAGAUCCAUGUUAAAUAGUUGUGCUUUCUAAUGUUUUAUACUGAUUUAUUUUGGGCUGCACUGUCAUCUCUUAGUGUAAUUAGACAAUCUCAGCUUGUGAUAAUGGCAAAUACUUUAUGAUAAUGAGUGUAGUCUGACCCAAUCCUUAAAAGAAAACAUUUAGUAUUACAAA